UGACGGGCAUAGAGUCCAUGGACCAAUGUCGUCACACACUGGAGCAGCACAACUGGAACAUAGAGGCAGCUGUACAGGACCGACUGAAUGAGCAAGAGGGUGUCCCAAGUGUCUUUAAUCCUCCUCCAUCGCGGCCGUUGCAGGUCAAUACAGCCGACCACAGGAUCUACAGCUACGUUGUCUCAAGGCCACAGCCAAGGGGCCUGUUAGGAUGGGGUUACUACUUCAUAAUGCUUCCAUUCCGAUUUACCUAUUACACAUUACUUGAUAUCUUUAGGUUUGCUCUGCGUUUUAUACGCGCUGAUCCUCGUAGUCGGGUCACUGACCCAGUGGGUGACAUUAUUUCGUUUAUUCAUAUGUUUGAGGAAAAGUAUGGGAGAAUACAUCCUGUCUUCUACCAGGGAACUUACAGCCAGGCACUGAAUGAUGCCAAGCGGGAGCUGCGCUUCCUGUUGGUUUAUCUUCAUGGAGAUGACCACCAAGACACAGAUGAAUUCUGCCGCAAUACACUGUGCGUACCUGAGGUGAUCACCCUCAUAAACACUAGAAUGCUCUUCUGGGCUUGCUCAACCAAUAAACCAGAGGGAUACAGAGUCUCCCAGGCUCUGCGAGAGAACACGUACCCAUUCCUGGCCGUGAUUAUGCUGAAGGAUCGUAGAAUGACGGUAGUGGGGCGCCUAGAAGGCCUCAUCCAGGCUGAUGACCUCAUUAAUCAACUGAUGUUCAUCAUGGAUGCCAACCAGACGUACCUGGUGUCUGAACGCCUGGAAAGGGAAGAGAGGAACCAAACCCAAGUUCUGAGGCAGCAGCAGGACGAGGCAUAUCUGGCAUCCUUGCGUGCGGACCAGGAAAAGGAGCGCAAGAAGAAGGAGGAACGGGAGAGGAAGAAGAAGAAGGAGGAGGAAGUGCAGCAGCAAAAACUAGCAGAGGAGAGGCGGCGACAGACACUGCAGGAGGAGAAGGAGCGGAAGUCCGAAUGCCUCCCACCUGAACCACAUCCCGAUGACCCAGAGAGUGUUAAGAUCAUUUUCAAGCUGCCUAACGAUUCCAGAGUGGAGCGGCGAUUCCACUUCACACAGUCAUUGACGGUGAUCCAUGACUUCUUGUUCUCCUUGAAAGAAAGUCCUGAAAAGUUCCAGAUUGAGGCCAACUUCCCUCGCCGUGUCCUGCCCUGCCUCCCUACAGAGGAGUGGCCCAACCCACCCACGCUGCAGGAGGCCGGACUCAGCCACACGGAAGUCCUCUUUGUGCAGGACCUCACGGACGAUUGACACUUUUCCAGAAGACACAAAAUGGAAAGAGAAAUUCAUAUUAUUAUAAUAUACAAUAUUUUUUUUAAGACUGCGUACAAACGAGGGAUCAGAGACCACAUCGCCUGUGCCAGCUGUGCUGUGUGUGUGCGCUGGCGAGAGGAAGUGUGUGCACGUCCUCACACACCCAUGUACACAGCCAUCCCCUACACUUGGAGGGCAGAGAGGGAGGGGAGCUGGUGUUGCCCCUCCGCCCUCCCUGGAGAGGAACAGGAAUGGCAGCUCUCAGUAAUUAUUGCUUUUAUUGACGACGAUAAUAAUAAAACCCCAACAACCUGACACCUUGUGAAGAUUUGAUACUCUGCUGCUCUUGACAGCCAGAAGACCGGGCACCUGAAUGUGCUGGGAGUGGGGUGGGAGGGAAGGGCUGGACAGAAUCUCUUCAGCUUCCCUCUGUGUAUAAAUAUCUUUCUUUUAAUAUUUCUCUUGCUUUGUAAUGACCAAAGGAGAAUGGGGUUGACUAUAGUAUUAACUUUUUGAUAAAGAGCUGGUUCAAUUCUUACCUGUGUGGGGUCUUGCCCAGGGUUCUUAGCCUGCGUAGUGUAAUAAACUCUGCCUCUAGCA